CGGGGGCGGGUCGGGAGCUUGCGCUGGGAGUGUCGCUCAGGGGGUCAACGUCCCAAGUUCGGCGUCAACGUCCCAAGUUCUUCUCGCUGUCCCGUCCCACGAGGCGGAGCGACACGACAUCCGCCUGCAGGGUAUAGCGUGUCGCCGGGGCCGCCGCGGCGACACGCUAAGCAACAGUUCCUGACUGACCGUGUAUGGACCACGGCCCGCAGUCAUCCUGGCGCCGUGAAACGCCCUCGCUGGGCCCUGAGGCCGUGAACAAAACUACCCGGGAUGCUGCGAACACAUGUCUGGGGGAGGGGAAGGAGGGGGCGCUGCAUGCAUCCAGGGGCUCCGCCCGCCCAUGUCUUCGGCGGGGCUUCGGGCGAGCACAUGUGAUGCCCGCCUCAUGGGGCGAUCCACCCCCGUUGCCUCUGCCGAUCAUCGGGCAAUCCGCGCUGCACAGCCUCCGCGAGGCCAGCGCUGCGCUCGCUCUGCAGCGGCGCACGACGGCGGCGGCUGCAGCGGCGGCCCAGCAGCGCCAGCACACUGGGGCGCCUGGCAGUUCGCAGGAUGUGGGCGUGACCCUGGACGACAUGCGCCCAGUGUUCUACGCCCUGGCCCCCCUCACCCUGCUCUGCUUCGGCUUCUUCGAGUACAGCCACAGGCGCUGGUCGGACGUGGACUUCGACACCCCGAUGGAGCUGCCCCCAGAAAAGAGCACGAGGCUGGACGGCAUGUUUCGGGGCAUCUGGCCUCUCGUGAAGCCGUACGCCCUGUGGAAUCAGCAGCGGCAUCGGGGUCAAGCGUACGUCGCCGUACUGCUGGUGCUCGCGGGGGCUGCGCUGCUCAUCUCGUUCACGCUGAACAUCUGGCAGGGCGAGUUCUGGAACGCGUUCGAGGACAAGGACGUGGCGGCAUUCUGGCACAUCAUGCGGGCGUACGUCGCCAUCGUCAUCACGUGGGUUGUGGUGGGCACCUACACAGGCUAUAUCCGGCAGAUGCUCGAGAUCGAUUGGCGUACGUUCAUGACAAAGCGUCUUCAGCGGGAUUGGCUGACAGGGCAAGCUUUCUACCGCAUGCAGCUAGACCAGCGUAGCCAGAAGUCAGUCAUGGACAACCCUGACCAAAGAAUACAGGAGGAUGUGGCAAUGUUUGUGAGCACCUCUUUACAGUUGGGUUUUGGCCUGGUUUCCACUGUCGGCCAGCUUGUGAUUUUUUUACCUCUGCUUUUGAUGCUGAGCCCGAGUUAUGCCUUCGGCGUUGUGUAUCUUCCCGGCUGGCUUGUGUUCAUCGCCCUUGGCUACUCGCUUGUGGGGUCAUUUGCGGCACACUUCAUCGGCCAGGAGUUGAUACGUUUAGGCUUCGCCAGACAGCGCUAUGAGGCAGAUUUCCGUUACCAUGUGGUACAAAUCCGGGACAGUGCGGAGGCCAUUGCGCUCUAUGGCUCCGAGGAGGUUGAGAUGAAUAUUCUCAACUCGAGGUUCGAGGGGGUACGACGUGUAUUCUGGGAAUUGAUGCUUUACCAGAAGCGGUUGGGCUUCUUCAGCUCGUUCUACUUCAUCACAGGUUGGAUGUUUCCUUUUAUUGUCCUCGCUCCAUCCUUUUUCGCUGGCGAGAUCACUAUGGGACACCUCUUCCAGAUCUCAUCGGCUCUGGGGCAGAUCAGAGACAGCUUCGACUGGUUCAUCAGCACAUACCCCAUGCUCGCGGAUUUCCGUGCGACCUCCGACCGUCUGCUCUCGUUCGAGGAGCAGAUCCGGGAGGCGAGGGGCAGCGGCGGCAAGCUCGAGCCGCUGCACAGCAUGGGCCUCUCGGAGGCGCCCGCGGGCGCGCCCGCGGCGCUGGAGGUGCGCGGCGCCCAGCUCUCCCUCCCCGGCAGCGACCGGCCCCUCUGGAGCGGCGCGUCGCUGCGCGUGGAGGCAGGGGAGGGCGUCCUGCUGUCCGCCCCGGAGGGCACUGGCAAGAGCACGUUUUUCCGGGCGCUCGCCGGGGUGUGGCCCUACGUGACCGGCGGCGCCGUGCGCAUGGAGGAGUCGCUCUUCGUUCCGCAGCGCUCGUACAUCCCCCAGGGGAGCCUGAGGCAGGCCGUGGCCUACCCGCGCGACCCCCGCACGGUCGGCGACGAGGCGAUGCUGGAGGCACUGCGCGCCGUGCGCCUGGAGGCGCUGGCGCCGGACGGGGACCUGGGCGUGGAGAAGAACUGGGCGCUUGUGCUCUCCGGCGGCGAGCAGCAGCGCGUGGCCUUCGCGCGCGUGCUGCUGGCAAAGCCUCGGCUGGUGUGCCUGGACGAGGCCGCCUCCCAGGUCGGCGAGGAGGGCACCCGGGACCUGUACGCGGCCCUGCGCCGGGAGCUCCCCGACGGGGCCGCGUUUAUUUCCAUCAGCCACGAGGUCACGCUGAUGAGGCCGCUGCACGACACGCAUUACACUGCGGAGAUGGACCCAGAGACAAAGGGCUUCCACUGGCAGAAGGUAUCCUGAGCGACGACGGCAGAAGCUAAGAGCCAACCGAGCAUGCUGCGAGAAUCUCACUCGAGAUCCUGCUAUCUGGUGUAGGUUCAAUGCUUCUGUCUCCGAAAGUGAGGCUGUAGGUGCGAAUUUCACACCCGCAAUUCCGCCCUUGGUAGUUCGCUUCCGCGGUGCGCGGAGUGGCGAAGUGCGGAUUCGCAUGCGACCUCAGCAAAGGCCGUCCGAGUUUGGACACAGACUGGCGGCAGUUUGCCGUCCAUGAUUCGUCAUGGACAAAAACAGUGAAACUGAUAUUUACGAGUCUUCGGACACCUUAGAAUUAUUCGUGGGACACCCUUGCAUCCUCAUCCUCCUCUCUCCUCUCCCUCCGCUUCCCC